UUUUUUUUUUGUAAUUUUGGUAAGGAAUUAAUAGGUUGUGUCUUACUGUGUAGUAGCUUAAAAAAAACAUGACCACAAUUUCCUUUUAACCAAAUACUCCCAAAUAAUGCUUUUUGCAUAAUUUUUUUGAAAAGUAAGUUUUCCUAAUUUUUUUUCUCUUACAUAAUGGGAAACUUAGUAAAUUUAGCUCAUUUUAUGCCAAUUUAAACAACUUUUGGAAGGCCCAGGUAUGCUUGCUAUUAAAGUUCUAUCUGGUAGCCUAGCAUUAAAUAUUAACCAUGACCAAAGAGUGUGUUUUUAUAUUGCUUACAUCAUCAAAUUUGGGUUUGGAAAGGUUUUAGGUUUUGGCAAGAGAAAAAUGCUUGUUAAAGAUAAUAGAGACUGAAAAAUCUGAUAAUUUCUGCUUCGCAGGUUUCUAGGCACUGAGGUGCCUGUCUUAGUAGAAGUAUUACUGGUGGGGCCCAGGUAUGUCUUUAAGUUAGGUUCAGGGUGUGGUUUGAAGAAAGCUGUAGGUGGACUGUAGAGUGCUUGAUGAUCUCAUAAGAAGACCUGGGUACAGUUCCUAGCACCCCCCCCCCAUAGUGACUCACAGCUGUUGAGUCAGUAAUGUGCACAUACAUGCAAACAUUUAAUGCACAUAUAUACAGUAAUCUUAAUUUAAAACCUGUAGGGCUAAAUCCAGGAUUCAGCCAACAUGAACUAAUAAAUAUCAAAUAGUGAUUAAUUGGAUUUUUUUCUUCCUAUUUAUGUGCUUACCCUGUUGAAGUAACCAUCAUUUGAAAUAGACUUGUACAAGAGCAGAAAGUAAAAGAGACAAAUACUCAAAAUUGAUUCAGACAACCUUAAUUAACUGGCAAGGUGACAUCUUCAGAAAUUGAAGUUCAGUAGUAAAAGAUGAAAUCAUGCAUUUAUUAUUUAAUGGUAUAAUUUCUUUUUGGUUCUAGAACAAUUCUUUCACAUUCUUUGUUUUUUAAAGGCAAUAAGAUACUCAUUUCUGUUAACAUAAAAUUGGUUUUUGUUAGUAACAGACUUAGUGUUUAAAAAUAACAAAGGAAUAGUGGUGAUUGUGUUCAAUUUGUUUUCUUGUGACAUGCUAAUUUCUAAAAUUUUGUUUUGUUUAUAGCAGAAAAAUAUGGCUCAGGAAACUAACCAGACCCCAGGGCCCAUGCUGUGUAGUACAGGAUGUGGCUUUUAUGGGAAUCCUAGAACAAAUGGAAUGUGUUCUGUUUGCUACAAAGAACAUCUUCAGAGACAACAGAAUAGUGGCAGAAUGAGCCCAAUGGGGACGGCUAGUGGUUCCAACAGUCCUACCUCAGAUUCUGCAUCUGUACAGAGAGCAGAUGCAAGCUUAAACAACUGUGAAGGUGCUGCUGGCAGCACAUCUGAAAAGUCAAGAAAUGUGCCUGUGGCUGCCUUGCCUGUAACUCAACAAAUGACAGAAAUGAGCAUUUCAAGAGAGGACAAAAUAACUACCCCGAAAACAGAGGUGUCAGAGCCAGUUGUCACUCAGCCCAGUCCAUCAGUUUCUCAACCCAGUACUUCUCAAAGUGAAGAAAAAGCUCCUGAGUUGCCCAAACCAAAGAAGAACAGAUGUUUUAUGUGUAGAAAGAAAGUUGGCCUUACAGGGUUUGACUGCCGAUGUGGAAAUUUGUUUUGUGGACUUCACCGUUACUCUGACAAGCACAACUGUCCAUACGAUUACAAAGCAGAAGCUGCAGCAAAAAUCAGAAAAGAGAAUCCAGUUGUUGUGGCUGAAAAAAUUCAGAGAAUAUAAAAUUACUACAUGUGAAAAGACUGAAACUUGUUUUUAUUUUAAUAUAUCGUAGGAAAACAUUAAAGAGCAGAUGCAUGGCCAUUUUC